GGUUGCCCCGUGUCUCCGCCCCGCUGCAGCGGCCUGCGUUACUGCCUUGGUGCUGCGGCUGCAGAAGCUGCGGCAGCCCAGGCAGCCUUUGCGCCCUGCGCACCGGACGAUCGGGGGACAGCGUCGCCGCGUCCUAUCCGCACUCCCUUCCGCAUCCCCGCCCUUCGCUCGCGCCUCCUCCGGGGCUGAGAGUGGUACGCGGCUCACUGCGGCAGCGCCGGGUCCGGGACUGCCCGUGGGAGGCACACCCACCUCUCCCGGCCGCACCCCUGCGCAGCAGCAUGUCCGCGCUCGAGUGGUACGCCCACAAGUCUCUGGGCGAUGGCAUCUUCUGGAUUCAAGAACGCUUCUACGAGUCAGGCAACCGAGCCAACAUCUGGCUAGUGCGCGGCUCGGAGCAGGACGUAGUGAUCGACACAGGCCUGGGGCUGCGCAGCCUCCCGGAGUACCUCUACUCCUCCGGCCUCUUGCAGGACUGCGGGGCUAAGGAGGAUGCUGGGCGCCGACCGCUGCUGGCCGUGGCCACCCACGUGCAUUUCGAUCACUCCGGCGGUCUCUACCAGUUCGACCAGGUGGCUGUGCACCGCGCCGAAGCCGAGGCCCUCGCUCGCGGGGACAACUUUGAGACCGUGACCUGGCUCUCUGACAGCGAGGUGGUGCGGGCCCCCAGCCCUGGCUGGAGGGCCAGGCAGUUCCGAGUGCAAGCAGUGCAACCCACCCUCAUUCUGCAGGAUGGGGAUGUAAUCAACCUUGGUGACAGACAGCUCACGGUUAUGCACAUGCCAGGCCACUCCAGAGGCAGUAUUUGCUUACACGACAAAGACCGGAAGGUUCUCUUCAGUGGCGACGUGGUGUAUGACGGAUCUCUGAUUGACUGGCUCCCGUACAGCAGGAUAAGUGACUAUGUUGGAACUUGUGAACGUCUCAUAGAGUUAGUGGACUCAGGUCUGGUGGAGAAGGUGCUUCCUGGGCACUUCAACACCUUUGGUGCUGAAAGGCUUUUCCGUUUAGCUUCUAACUAUAUUUCAAAAGCUGGGAUAUGCCACAAAGUGUCUACUUUUGCCAUGAGGUCGCUUGCAAGUUUAGCCCUCCGCGUAACAAAUUCUAGGACCUCACCUUAGUAUCUGUACUGAUUUAUUUUGUUUGCGCUGUGUAAAUUAAGCCAGUUCCCUUGUGUUGUUUAAAAUGGUUACUAGUGAGCAUUUCAAGAAGUGCUUUUAUAUAACCAUGUUGUAUAUUAGAGAAAAAGAGGAUUAAAAAUGAGGAAACAAAAAUAAAGAAAAGCAGUCUUCGUUUUGUAUCCUUUUCUUUUUUCCAAGGAAAAAGCCGCUUACAUGAGCUUGUGAUUGGCCAGUGCUGCUGUUUCAGAGUGUUUGCUCUGGGAAUGCUGGGGAGUGAUGUGGGCCGCAAGGAUGUACUCCCUCACGGCAGCACCAGGGGCAGCACCAGGCUUGCCCUUGCUCCUCCUCAGUGCACUUCCCAGGUGCCUAGAGGAAUCAAAUGCAGUUCUAUGCUUGCACUUCAUGUUUGGUUUUAUUUCCGUAUUUUAUUUAAAGAUAAAGUUUCUUGAGUUCAAAAAUAAAGUAGAACUCAAUAUAAAUUAGCAUUUAGAAUGACAACUAAAACAUCCCAUGUUCGUGAUCCUGAGUUUUAUGCCUCCUUGUUUAAUUUUUCCUUUUCUUUGUAUAAGACAUAAUAUGCUCUAUAAUUUAACUUAUGAACGGUACAAUGAAUUUUUGUUGUAAUGCAAAGCUUUAAAUAUGAAUUGCAGAGUGCUUCAGUAAAAUACUACUGUUUGUUGUUAUUGUGUAAGUACUAUUUCCCGUCAUGAAAGUGGAAUUCAAUGUAUGUAACCUAACUUCAGAUUGUCAGGUUUCUGAAAGGACACUGUCAGGCAAAUUUGAAAAUAUACACAUUGAGAAUAAUUUUUUAUUAUAUCCUAUUUUAGUAUUAAUAUCUAUUAUAAACAAAAUUUUUCUGGCUAAAUAGCAGGUUCAGUAUUGUGUCAUGUUUUACAGUACCAAAAUAAUUCCUGAUAUCUAUGACAUCUUAAUGUAAACCGUUCUUUUGAUUGAUGUAACAUGUUUACGUACCACAGAAGAAUUCUUAAAUUAGUUGCAGUGUAUGUAUUCUGUAUUGACGAGAGCAAAUGGCCUUCUUAUCCUGAUUCACAACACCUGUUCCUGCUCAGUAUUCUUUGUCAUGAAUGAAAACAAGUCUAUGUUCAUAUGUCAUAGAAAACAUGAAGCCACUAUUCAGCAACACUACGUAAAAUGUUUGGGUUUGGUGCUUUUAAUAAUAACCUAUCAAAAAGCCUUUUGGAGUAUUUCAUAAAAGUUUUUAAAACAGUUUCCCACUACAUUUUUUAUUAUUAACAUUUUAUUGUUGAUAUUCUAGACCAAAUGGAUCGACUUUUGGAAAUCAGAUCAUUUAAUAUUAGGAAAAAACAGCAGUACUUGUUUCUGCCAGGUUAUUCAACUUUUUUAUCCUGCACACACCCAGGUUCUUUAGUUGUUUUAUUCUUUCAGUAGGCACACAUACACAAGUGUGAGUACACACACGCACAGAGACAUAGUUACACACACAUGCAGACAUACAGACAGAUACAAUCACACACAUACAUAUACAGCACUGUGCAGACGAACACACAGUCACACACAUACAUACAGUCAUACACGGUCACACACAUACACACACAGCACUGUCCUAAACAAUGCUAGGAGGUUUGAAAGUGAAAAAACAAGACACACAUUAUAGCUGGAUGUUAAGGGCCACAAAACCCAAAAACUAAUAUAGGCAUGUUGAAGUUAAUAUAAAUUAUGUUUCAGUAUAAAGGAUAUAGGGAAGGAUGUGAAGUAGGAUAAGGGGAGACCCUUGAAAAGGGGAUUUUUGAAACAGAGUUGGAGGGAGGCUGGGAAAGAUUUGAACCUUGGGUUUCAAGAAUUGCUGGGUGGACUAGCCUAGUCCUUGUGAGCAUAUAAAUUUAAUUUUCUGAAAUCUCAUUCCUUAUAAGUACCAUAUAUUUAUCAUAAAAAGGAUGGAUUUGUGAUUGUAUAUGUGAUUGCAUAUGCAUAUAUUCCUAAAGGCAGAUGAACUGAGCUGUCACAUGCCACCAUGAAAACCUUGGAUUAGAGUCAGAAAGGAGGCCAUGAUUGGCUCAGAUAUGGAGUAUCAUGAGUACUCUGUCCUGGUCCUUCAAGAUAGUGGGUCUGUUUCAACUGAUGACACAGUACUGAGAGUAGAGGUUGGUUCAGGGCAGCUACAAUCACUUAAUAAGCCUUAAAUAGAGCCAUUAUUUUUGUAUCAGCAGCACAAAAUAAAGCCAAAAGUCCUUAAUCAUUGACUGUUUUAUCAUAAUUUAGUUAUUUAUUUAAAAUCAGGAUAGAGUAGGCGUUAAGUUUUAUUAGGAAAAAUUUAUUCCUGAUGUUUCCCUAUUUGUUAAGUGCAAUUCUCAGUAUAAGCUGACAUUUUUGUUGAUUUCCCCAAUCUUUCAGUUUUCCAGUUAUAUUGCAGUGUAAGAUGGUGAUAUUUCAGUAUUGCUUACCAUGUAAAACUUAAUGGAAGUAAAUUCAUACUCAUUUAGUAUUCAUGAUGAAUUUUAAAUUUGUAUCCUAGUUCCAGCAUCGAGACAUAGUUGACCAUGUCAUACAACAUGGACUAGGAAUGAAGCUAGUAACUUAACACAGGUUUGUCUGCUACCAAACUGUACCCUCUCUUAAACAUGCACAAUCCAUAGAAUUGGCCACAUAUAUUUUUACUUUCCAACACGUCACAUAUAUGAAGAAUAAAUCAAGUAAUAUCAAAUUCUAAUAGCAUUUUUAGAAAAUAAAAAAUAUAUUUUCACCCUGACAGUGACCCUUGAUUUAUGAUUUUUGGAAAUAGGAUAUUGUAAAUGUAACUCAAAGUUGUCAAAAUGUUAGACAUUUCAAAAUAAUUUUUCUUAUUUAUAUUGCUAAUAAUGAACUCGUGGACUUUUACUUUUUUAUUUAAUUACCAUCUCCUUUGAACUGAAAUGUUAAAACAAAUUGAAACCUUGUGUGCUAUGCCGAUGUAGUUGAAUAAAUGCUUAUGUGUUUGUUCUUAUAUGGAUAGUAAUAUGAAUGUGACAUGCACAAACUAUCCUAUAAUUUUCCAAUAAGUGUAUGUGAACCUUGGUGUGGUAACUAUUAAAGUGGCCA